AUGGAGCGCGGCAGCGACUUGUGCGCCAUCGGAGGCGAGUCCGCUCGCCCGGCCCUGGCGCCCGUCAACCUGCCGGCCAGGAUAUCUCCGGAAAUCGUCCAGGACGUCGUAUGCGAUGCCGCUGCUGUGAAUGGCUCCCUGAGCGCCAGGCGGCCGCAGUCGGCGCGAGUGGCCAAGCCGCAGCGGCCCAACUCCGCGCGGGCGUCGAGCCAAUUUCGGCGCACUUACUCGCUGCCGCCCGCAGCCGGCGGGAUUUCCGCAUACCGGCAUCCGGGGUACUACCAUGGGACAGGGUUAGCCCCCCGCGGGCCGAGCGGCUAUGAGGAGUACGGGCCGGGAGCAGGCAUGGCGCCGGGGAGCCCGUGGGCGGGCGGGAUUCAGGUGCCGCUUUUCAGCCCCUGGGGUUACGACAUGGGCCCGUGGGGCCCGCAAUCGGGCGCUUACGGGAUGGCGAACAUGGGCGGCGGGAUGCCCAGGAGGAGUGAGAAGCCAACGAGGAUCGUCUUCGUUGGGGAUUUGCCCAAGGUCGUGAGCGACGGGGAGGUCCAGGAGGCGGCUGCCAAGCAUGGGGCCAUCCGGGGGCUGGACGCCACGCAGCGGGAGGCCGUCGGCGGCGUGUUCGUGAUGUACUACGACCUGCGCCACGCGGAGGCGGCCGCGGCGGGCCUGCCGGCCGCCAUCCGAUCCAUUGGCGGCGAGGAGGGGCAGUUGCCCACGGCGUGCUUCAUGAUGCCGCCGGUCAGCGUGGCCGGGAUGGAGAACCAGGGGAUCAUCGCGCUGCCGGGAUGCGACCUUGGCCGAUCGGAGCUCAGGGCCAGGUUCGCCAAGUACGGCGAGAUCCGUGACGUGAGGCGCGGCGGCGGUCGCUCCCAGGGUCCUGAUUGGCGCGUGGUCGAGUUCUUCGACACCCGCGACGCCGAGCGCGCCAUGGCGGACGUCCGAUCUCGCAAGGGCCACCCCAAGGCGGAGUACGCGCCCUUCUCCGGCCUGGAGGCCGCAUGCCCGCCGGUGAGCCCGCCGUCCUACCCGGUGUACGGUGGUUACCCCGUCCCGGGUCCCCUGGGGGCCAAGCGCGACGAUUCUACCGCCAUCCCCGGAGGAUUGGAGGCGCCCGGAAUGGCACCCCCUCCGCCAGUCUGGCCCGUGGCGUCGAUGGCGAUGCCCGCCGGAGGAUUUGGGAUGUGGCCCUACGCCAUGGCGGCGCCUGCCCAUCCCGGCGGCUACGCUCGAGAGGCCGUUCAGGCGAAUUCCGGAACGAUGGCGGAGGCGGGAACCGCGGGGGAGGCGGGCGGCGAGGCGGCAGCGGGCGGCUACGCGCUGCCGCAGAGCUGCAGGGCGGACUACUACUGCGGGCCGCAGUACAUGGGCUACCCCACAGGUAUGCCUACCAUGCUGCCGUUCGGCCCAGGCGGCCAGCCAAUGAUGAUGCCUGCGGCUGGAAUGUACGACGCCAGCCUGAUGGCUGGGCUGCGGCCGGAGAUGCCGACCUCGCCCGUGCAUGCGCCCGCAGCGUCGGAGACGCAUGCCUGGAGGCCGCACCGCACCGGGCGGGGAGCCGGCGAGCGGAGCUACGAUCCUGCUCAGUUUCAGUUCAGCAUGGAUGAAGCCCGCACAAAGUCGACCAAUGCUCGCACUACCCUGAUGAUCCGCAACAUACCAAACAAGUACAGUCAGAAGAUGCUGCUGGAUGUGCUGGACCGGAAGUACAGUGGGCGGUACGACUUUUUCUACCUGCCCAUCGACUUCAAGAAUCGCUGCAAUUUGGGGUAUGCCUUUGUGAACUUCAAGACACCUGCAACCACAGCCGAAUUCUACAAGGAGUUUCACUCCAAGAGCUGGGAGGAGUUCAACUCGAAGAAGGUGUGUGAGAUCACGUACGCUCGGGUGCAGGGCCGCAAUGCCCUGAUCGAGCACUUCCGCAACUCUCGAUUCCCCUGCAACGAGCCUGACUAUCUGCCACUGGUGUUUGAGGCAGUCGAUGAGGCUGAUCAUGGAAAGAAGACAAGCCAGCCAGUUACAAAGGCGACGCCUGUGCACCACUGGACGACCAUGCACUACCCCAACACUGCAGCUGUCGCGGCGCAUUGA